AAGAGCUUCAUUGCCUCAUAGGUGUCACAUCAGAGUAGAAUGCCCCAAAUAACAGUAGUCUUAACAAUUCUGAGAAACCUGCACGUGAAAACGUGAAGUUUUGGGGAAAAAAAUAAUUUAGGCCUAAACCUAGAUAUCCCAAUUUGCACACUUUUGCGUAGCAGAGAGAAAGGUAUUUUCAGACCUUUCUUGGGAAUGAAUAAGGCAAAGCAUCGUUUCUGAAGUCUGUCAGGAGAUUGUUUUGAAGAAAUAGCCUACCAAUUUUGGACAUCGGUGUGUCCGCAUUGGCAUCCUCAGAGAAACAGCAACAGCAAUCAAGCACCUGUGCUCUAGACUGUCUGGGGAUUUCGCUCUCUUACUCGAGAGAAUUUGCGUCUACCCAGGGUCUGUCUAUCCAGAUCCCCGGACCACCGGCAUACCCCAGGAGAACAGGGACAUGGCUGCUACGAAAGCCGAACUUCUCCUUUCUGCCCUGCAGAUCUCAGACCCAUUGGGAUUCCCACAUUCACCUUUGGACAGUUACCCCAAGUUGGAGGAGCUGAUGCUGCUCCAUUCCGCCGCGACAGGCACAUCCUUCCUUGCCGCCUCCGCUGCCGAGGUCGCCGGGCUUGGGACCGGGGACUCCGGGGACGCCUAUGAGCAUCUGACCGGAGACAAUCUCCCGGACCUGAGCUCACUCAGCUGCGACAAGUCUCUGUCAGAGCAGCACUUCCCUACUGCCCGCCUGCCUUCACUCUCCUACACUGGGCGCUUCACCCUGGAGCCCACCUCCAACGCCUGCAGCAACAGCCUGUGGGCAGAGCCUCUUUUCAGCCUGGUCAGCGGCCUGGUGGGCAUGGCUUCAACCCAAACCUCGGCUGCCGCUUCAUGUUCCUCCACCACUUCGGUUAACUCCUCCGCCGCCUAUUCCCUCCCCAAUCUGAGCUGCUCAAUCCAUGUCAGUGAGCCCAAUCCCAUCUACUCCGCAGCCCCUACUUCCUACUCCACCACGAGCCCUGAUCUUUUCCUCGACUCCCCCCAGUCCUUCGCUGGCUCCAGCCAGUACCCACCACCUGCCUACCACUCCUCCUCCAAGCCUUGUGCCCCCAGCACGGCCCUGCCCAUGAUCCCAGACUACCUGUUCUCGUCCCACCAGCAGGGGGACCUUAGUCUGCUGGCCCCUGAUCAGAAGCCCCUCCAGACACACAGCCUCCAGCAGCAGCAGCUGUCCCUCACCCCCCUCUCCACCAUCAAGGCCUUUGCCUCUCAGACAGGAACAGUGACGGCGACCGCCCCGGAUCUGAAGGGCUCCACCUACCAGUCCCAGCUGGUCAAGUCCAGCCGUGUGAGGAAGUACCCCAGCCGCCAGUGCAAGACUCCCCCCCACGAGCGCCCCUAUGCCUGCCCGGUGGAGAGCUGCGAUCGUCGCUUCUCACGCUCUGACGAGCUGACCCGUCACGUGCGCAUCCACACCGGACAGAAGCCCUUCCAGUGUCGCAUCUGCAUGCGCAAUUUCAGCCGAAGCGAUCACCUGACCACGCACAUCCGCACGCACACUGGCGAGAAGCCAUUCGCCUGUGACGUCUGCGGGCGCAAGUUCGCCCGUAGCGACGAGCGGAAGAGGCAUGCCAAGAUUCACCUGAGGCAGAAAGACAAGAAAGCUGAGAAAAGUUCUGCCCCCAUCGCCAUCCCCUCCCCAGCAGUCUCAGGGUACUCCUCCCCCUCCGCCUCCUCCUAUCACUCCCCCACUUCCUCCUACCCAUCACCUGGGUCCUCCUAUUCCCCCGUGCCAUCCUGCUAUUCCUCCCCUGGUCACGCCUCCUAUCCCUCUCCCUGCACCUCCUCCUACCCCUCCACCUUCCCCACCCAAUUGACCUCCUUCAGCACCUCCUCUUUCACCUCAUCCUCCCCAUCCCUCUACUCCUCCCCUGUGGGCACGCCCCAGUCUGACAUGCAGUCUAGUCUCUCCCCUCAAGGCAUUGACCUUUGCUGAGACUCUCUAUCACAACUCUGCUGGAGAAGAACAAACUAAAUGUCUGAAAUGCACUAUGUCUGGCUUGAUGUCAGACGGACUCAGUAGAUAAUGGACCAGACAAGUUGAUGGUGAAGGUGGAGGGAGAACUCUCUCCUCGGCUUCACCUCAGAGACUCAGAAAUUGUUCUUGGAGCGCUGAGGGACAUCAGAGGGACAUCACAGCGCUUCAGUGCUACCCUCUGCUGCUGUUUGAAGAUCGGCUGGCCCAGCACCACGGACAGUGGCUCAAAGGGAAGCUACAUCCAGUCCAGAGUUUAUGUAAAACAGCCAUGUUUUGGCUUUCUGUCCACCCUCUUCCAGGAGUUCAGCUUGUUUACAUAGUUAUGCUGGAACCCUUCUGUAAAUAUCAAUGGUAUUGAUUGUCUCUUUCCCCGGUCUGUUGACUGGCAUCCAUCCAUAGCUACCAACCAGUCUGCCAUCUAUGCUUUGGUGCCUUUAGCUUAAACAAAUCUAGAAUUCGAUCACACGAUAUGGUGUAUUUUUCACCCAAUGUAAAAUAAGAGAAUUUAAGGGACAGAUAUCAAGGUCAUUUCUUACAGAGAGAAUGUAAGCAAAAAGUUUAUUUUUGUAACUAAAAUGUUGAUAUGUAUACAAUACAGUCAAAAUGUUUUUACCUACUAAGUAGGCAUGGGAUUUUUGAUUUAAUGUAGUUUGUUACUUUUAGGUUAUUUCUAUUUUGUUGUUUAUCGGUUCAACCCAAUGACUGUUUAUGGCUUCUAAAGACAUUGAAUGCGCUUAACUGCCAAGGAUAUUAUGUGCUGUUCAUGAUAUCCUUCCAAAAAGGGAUAUGAAUAAACUAUAAAUAUGUAUCAAUACA